CCCUCUUGAGGAGGUUGUGUUGAGCUCGGAUUCACCCCCCCACUCCCCCAGUACCGUUGUCCUAGUCACCGGUCGCAGUUCCCGUGGACAGUCUCACUCACACCUGGAGAAAAGCCUUCUCUCCCCAGUUGCGGCGCGGCUGAGGGAACUUUGGCCAAGCUGUCGUUUCUUGGGUGUCCCAAACCAUGAAUUAUGUUGGACAGUUGGCUGAGCAGGUGUUUGUCACAGUGAAGGAGCUGUACAAAGGAUUGAAUCCAGCCACAUUGACAGGAUGUAUUGAUGUCAUAGUAGUGAGACAGCCGGAUGGCACAUACCAUUGUUCACCCUUUCAUGUCCGUUUUGGGAAGCUUGGGGUAUUGCGAUCGAAAGAGAAGGUGGUGGACAUUGAAAUCAAUGGUGAACCAGUAGAGCUGCAGAUGAAACUUGGAGACAAUGGAGAGGCUUUUUUCGUGGAAGAAACUGAGAAAGAUGAGGGUGUUGUUCCCACACACUUAGCAACAUCACCGAUUCCAGUUGAAGGAGCUUAUUUUACAAGGGAACCAGAUUUGACUAGUCCUGAUUUUAUUCAGAAUCAGGAUUUACCAAGUGGCGCAGAAAUUGAUAACACUGUAAAUAACACUUCAGCCAAAAAGAAAAGACGUCGAAAAAGGAAGCACAAACCAGAGAAUUCAAAGAAGGAUGACCAGGAGUCCUCUUCAGAUGAGCAAGAUAUACUUGACAUGGACUUUAAUUCAGAGGAGCAACUGCGAUGUGUAGCUACAAACAGUGAAAUGUAUAAUUUAUUUUCUGAGUUACCCAACGAAGAUUCAAGCACUUACCAUUCACGUGAAAUCUAUCCGUAUUCAGAUGGUGAAUGGUCUUCUGUUGAAAGCCAUUCUUACAACAGACUUUCAUCACCAAAAAGUGACUCAGAAUUGGUUGUAAAAUCACAUGAAGGAUCCCUUAUGGGAACAGAGUCUCGGAUGCAGUGGACAUGGGGAGGUUUUCCACAGGUCAGUAAAAUGGAAAAAUCUGAGCAACCAAGAGUAGCUACUAUCACACCUUCUGAGCAUACACAUUUUCGAGUCAUCGUGGACAGCAGCGUAGCAGAUGCAACUGCUUGUGAUUCCUUUGCAAACAACAAUGUUAUAACUAUUUUCAAACCUCAGCCUCGAACUCAAAGAAGCCCUGCAUUGCUUGAAACAUCCAUGGAACAGACUGCUCCAUCCCCAGCAGAGCCAGCUUUUAUAGAAGACACCUCCUGGUCAUUGGAGCACACAGAAGUUGUGACAGAGAAUUUAGCAUCAAAUAUUGCUGCCCGAACGUCACUAUCAGAAACGACUGAAAUAUGUACGUCAGAAGCCCAAAACGUUGAAAUCUUUCAAUCCACUUCUCAGCCAGAACAUGAAAGCCCAGCCAUUUUAGAAAGCAGUAAUAAUCCAGCCCAACAGACAUUAAACCUAGAUGCCAGUGUAAAAACAGAAGAAAUAGAUAAAAAGAAAGGUGGACCUAAAAGAAACCAACAUCUGGGCCCUUGUGAUAUUUAUUUGGAUGACCUACAAAAGUUGGAUCCUAAUAUUGCGGCUCUGUAUUUCCCAAAGAGUGAACAGGACUCUGGUUCUAAGCAGUUGAAUGAACCUGGUACACAUUCAGAGUCUCAAUCUCCGCAAUCAGUAGGAAGUGCAGGUGCAGAUAGUGGCACAGAGUAUUUGUCUGAUUCAGCAGGCGAACUACCAGAUGUAAAUCUCUCCCUGUGUGGUGGUCUCAGUGAUAACAAUGAGAUUUCCCAAGGGAAAUUUGUGCAGCACAUGGUCACAUACCAGGACCUGGUUGAAAAUCCUGGAAUUAUUGAUGAUCCAAAUUUGGUUAUUGGAAUAAAUAAAAAAUAUUACAACUGGGCAGUUGCUUCUCCCAUGAUUCUCUGCAUUCAAGCUUUUCAGAAGAGCUUACCCAAGGCUACUAUAGAUAAGCUGGUAAAGGAAAAGAUGCCAAAAAAGACUGGCGGGUGGUGGUUCUCCUGGCGCAGAAAAAACUCUGCAGUAAAAGAGCCAGAAUCCAGUAUCAAAAAAGGUGAAGAUCAGAAUGAAAAUGAAACUAAACAAGCUAGCUUACUUGAAGGUUGCAGGCCUAAAGAAGAGUUAACUUCUAGUGACGAUGACUUCAGCGCCAUCAAGGACCGCCCAAAGCCAGGUUGUAAAUGUCGAGAUUCCCCUUGUCAAAGCAGUACGCCUACAUACAAAAAAUCCCUGAGGCUGUCCUCAGAAAAACUAAAAAGUUUAAAUCUAAAGGAUGGCCCAAAUAAUGCAGUGUUCAGUGUGACAACUCAAUAUCAGGGAACCUGUCGUUGUGAAGGUACCAUUUACCUCUGGAACUGGGAUGAUAAGGUUAUUAUAUCUGAUAUUGAUGGGACAAUAACAAAAUCCGAUGCUUUAGGCCACAUUUUGCCACAGCUGGGAAAGGAUUGGACCCACCAGGGCAUUGCAAAACUCUACCAUAAGAUACAUCAGAAUGGCUACAAAUUUCUUUACUGCUCUGCCCGCGCAAUAGGAAUGGCAGAUAUAACCAGAGGAUACUUACACUGGGUUAAUGACAGAGGUACUGUACUUCCCAGAGGACCUCUUCUGCUGGCGCCAAGUAGUUUGUUUUCAGCAUUACACAGGGAAGUAAUUGAGAAGAAACCAGAAGUGUUCAAAAUUCAUUGCUUGAAUGACAUCAGGAAUCUAUUUAAUCCACAUAGGUGUCCAUUUUAUGCUGCUUUUGGAAACAGGACUAAUGAUGCUUAUGCAUACAAACAAGUCAGAGUCCAAGAAAGCAGGAUUUUCAUAGUGAAUCCCAAAGGAGAAUUAAUUCAGGAACAAACCAAGAGCAACAAGUCAUCGUAUCCACGGUUGGGUGAAUUAGUGGAACAUGUAUUUCCACUAAUAGCACAAGAAAGAAGCUCAGCUUUUCUUUACCCUGAAUACAGUCAUUUUGCAUUUUGGCGGGAACCACUUUGCGAACUUGAUGCAGAUGAGCUCAAUGAACUUAAAAUCACUAAAGAAUAAUGGGACUUUGCGAGAACUGAGAGCAACACAUAGGCAUAUCAGUGCCUUCAAUUCUAAUAUAGCACAUUGUGAUCUGUAACUUCUGAUUUGAAGUCCAAUGAUGUGGAGAAUCUAUAACCUGUUUAACAGUUAAAGUACUAGUUGUAAGUAUUAUUCCAAGUUAAAUCAAGUGGGGUUUCAGUAGGUGCCACUUGUGACCAGUCUCGUGUUACUGUUUCUCCAUCUAACUGCAAUCGGAAAGUUCAGAUUACAGGUAAAGCACUUUGCACGCUAAAGACUCGAGAUAUAAAUGAAGAUAUGUUAUAGACUGCAAAUCCUUUGAAAAGCCAUUGUGCUUAUGGCACAGCACUUUCAUCUCUAUGGGAGAAUUCCCAUAUUUUAUUGUAUUUCUGUGAGGAUGCAGACGACAAUCUCUUAUUUCCUAAUUUAUAGAUUUUCCAGUCUCCAUCAAAACUGGAAAAUUGAUGCAAUUCUCAUGCAGAACACUUGUUUCUGAAGUUAACUCCUCUUCAUUGCUCCCAUGUCUCACAAUAGUGGACCACUUUAGUGCAAUGGAGCCUUUUGGCGAUGCAUGGAUAUCUAAAUAAGCUGUGCCUAAAAGUAGCAUAAAAGAGGCUGCCUUACAUGGAUGGGACUGAGAAGGGUUGACAUAGAAAUCAAGCAGUCAAAUCUUUGGGAGAGACUUUGAUUUAUUUUUGUUUGAACUGAGCAGAAGCCUGCAAAUGGAGUGAGAUUGAGUAACUGGAGGUCUUAGAAAAUUGGGGGAACAAAUUGGAUUAGAGAUGAUUAGAAACCUGGCCAUGAACAAGAGAUGGGAAGCUGGAAUGAGGCAGUUGGCCACUAGAAAUGUAGAUGUAAGGCAGACCAAAAUGACAGUAAGUGCGGGAGUCAUAAUGCCUGACUGCAGACUGGAAUCUAGAGCUUUUCUCAUGUUGCAAUAGUACAGCACAAAGCAAAGAAGAAAAUUAAUAGAAAAUAAAACAAAUCUACAGCAGUGGUAAGCAAAAAGGCAUGACAUAAAAGAAGAUUAUGUCUUGCUCACCUUUUAAAUAGUUUUGUAGGGCCUGCUGAGUAUUUGCUUCCUUUUGGUCUGCCUCUCAAAAAGGAGUUCAGAGUAAUUGUAGUAAAUUUUAAGCUACACAAUAUGAUGGCACAUCUUUAUAAAAAAAAACUUUAUUCAUUCCUUUUUAAAGCUGUAGAACAAUAGCCCUGAUAUAUCUCAUGUAAUUGUAUGGCAAGGAGGGACAUGCGGUCUGAGAAUUUUUGCCAGUGGACACUAACUUUACUAAAUUUGGCAAAGGCAAAGAUCUCUAUUCAUUUUGAUUUUCUUUUUAGACUGACCAUUUAUAGCAGAUUCAAAUUCAAUCAAUUUUUCUUUUGUUUGGUGCCGUUUUUCAGUUAUAAAUAAAAUACUGCAUUUCCCUAUCUGGUGUUUUGGCAGAAAACAGCUUCCACAACAAGUUUGGCAAGUUGUAUGCUACACAUUUACUCUGGUGUGGAAGCAGUGAAAUUACACUUAAAUAGAUCCUAUAGUACAAAUGAGCAGUAAGCCAUAAAGAUCUUUUUAUGCAAGAUGUUAUAACAUUUUAGAUCAACAUGUUUAAUGAACAUACUGAUCCAUGGUUUGUGUGGUAUAAAUUUGAUUGUGGUGCAAACCCAGUGUGAAAACUCUUUUGAUAAAAAUGCUACUGAAAUGUGAAGCAGGAUGGGAACUUAAGCUAAUUAGCUCACAACUGCCAAUCAAAAACUUGCAAGCUUAAAUCCUUGAACUAACCUCAGUUACAGAGACUGCUUGAAUGAGCUAUGAGAUGAAGUGUCAUGUGAAAAGGAAGAAUUUAAUAUUGUAAACAACAAAAAAAAUGCUGUUCCUCCUGCCUAAACCUUUUGGUUUAGUUUGGUGCUAGCGAUUAUGCAGCCAUUAAGACCACAAUUCAAUUCUUUGUUGGGGCUAGGCUCAUGAUAGUGAGACAUCUGUGAGAGGGAAGCAGAAAAAUCUUAUAAUGCAACUGUGCAGUUUUGGAACAGUUAUUACACAGGGGUUUGAAAGACUGGUACUUUUCUGUUAUUUCACUUUAUAAAUGCAAAAUAUGUUGGGUUGCGUUUUGAUCUAAAUGGAGAAGUUAUAUUGUUACCAUUCAGCAAGUACUGAUUGGACAUUAGUAGAACAGACCAUUUGAAAUGUAUGUUCUUUCUGUGAAAGUUCAAACAUUUGCAAAGAAUCACAUUUUAGCUAAUUUUUUUUUCUAUUUUAACUACGCUGCACGUACUCCCUGUGUGAAUGAGCUGAGUUUUUUUUAUGGGUUUGGUUUUUUUCGUAAGGCACAAAUCACAUAGCAGAUGUUCAUUGAUGUAACUCUCCUGCUCUGGAUCAGGGUCAAAGCACAGUGUAGCAUAGAAAGCAAAUGCUUACAAGUAAUAGCUCUCUUAACUGGCCUGGAAAAUAUUUUGCUUCUUGAACAGUAGUGCAAGAUAAUUUAUUAAACCAUCAGUUCUAUGGGAGUUUCUUUUUUGCAGUUAUGAAUAUUGGUUAAAAUAGACACAAUCUUAAAUGGUAAGCAGUCUACAUGCUCAAUAUUCAUAUUUGUGAUCAAAAUUAAGAUUGUUGUUCUUUAGCAUGUUAAAAUAAGUCUUAAGUGCAAAUUCAGAAAAUCACUCCAUAAUCAACCUGUAAUAUGGUGUUGAAAAAGUAGCAGUAUUCCAAAUAUAUUUGAUUUGCCACAUUGAAGUUAUUAUAAUUUAUAUAAUUAUUAAAGUGAAUGUGUUUCAAAUAUCACUGUUGAAUAUUUCUUAAGUAUACCUAAGGUGGAAUUUUCACGGCAGGGCCGGAAAAAAAACCAUUCAAAAGCCCAUUGACUUUGGCAGGAUUGGAAAAUCCCCCUGGCGGGAAGGGCCGUAAAUUUCCGUCCCAAGAGUAAUUAAAGAAAUGAAAUUAA